AUGUAUCGACUAUUUGUUCUUUUUUUAUUUUUUGGCAUAGUUUUCGCUACAAACAAAGUGGAACAAGUUCAUUUGAGCUUGAAUGGAAAUAUGGAUGAGAUGGUGGUGACGUGGCUGACUCAGGGACCAUUACCCAAUGUGACCCCCUACGUGAGCUUCGGUCUCUCAAAAGACGCUCUUCGGUGGACGGCCAAAGCAACAACGACUUCUUGGAAAGAUCAGGGAUCCCAUGGAUAUGUUCGUUACACCCAUCGAGCAACAAUGACAAAAAUGGUGCCCGGGGAUCAGUAUUACUACAAAGUAGGGAGCUCCCAAGACAUGUCCGACGUUUACCACUUCAAGCAACCCGACCCUACCAAAGAUCUUCGAGCAGCCAUAUUUGGCGACCUUAGCGUCUAUAAAGGAAUUCCAACCAUCAACCAACUGACUGACGCAACGCAUGACGGCCACUUUGAUGUGAUUAUUCAUAUUGGUGACAUUGCAUAUGAUCUACACGAUGACGAGGGAGAUAGAGGAGAUGCUUAUAUGAAAGCAAUUCAGCCAUUUGCUGCUUAUGUUCCGUAUAUGGUCUUGCCUGGAAACCACGAGUCGGACAGCAACUUCAAUCAGAUAAUCAAUCGAUUCACCAUGCCCAAAAACGGCGUAUACGAUAACAAUCUCUUCUGGAGUUUUGACUAUGGCUUCGUUCACUUCAUCGCCCUGAAUUCUGAAUAUUACGCUGAGAAUCAUAAGAAGGAAGCGAAUGCUCAAUAUAAAUGGCUCGAGCAGGAUCUUGCUAAAAACAAACAAAAAUGGACGAUUGUAAUGUUCCAUCGGCCGUGGUACUGCUCUACGCAUUCCGCUAGUGGAUGUAAUGAUUAUUCGGAUAUGUUGUCUAGAAAAGGAAAUAGUGAAAUGCCGGGAUUGGAGAAAUUGUUGCAUGAUCAUAAUGUGGAUAUGAUACUGUAUGGUCAUAAGCACACUUAUGAGAGAAUGUGGCCGAUUUAUGAUGGAGUUGGAUACAAAUCUGGGGAUUCUGGACAUAUUAAAAAUGCAAAAGCUCCGGUUUAUAUUUUGACUGGAAGUGCGGGCUGCCAUACCCACGAGGGUCCAUCCGAUACCACACCACAAUCAUUCUCCGCGGAUCGUCUUGGCCAAUAUGGGUACACUCGUCUGAAAGUGUAUAACUCUUCUAUGAUUAGCACAUAUUUUGUUGAUACCUCCGACAAAGUCGGCAAUUUUAUGGAUAGGUUUUAUUUGGAAAAAGAUUGA